CCGCUACACCCCAUCCCCUACAUCCCCCCUACCACAGCUCCUCACCAACCCCCCACCACCCCCGUUUUAUACUCUAAACAGCCAGCCAUGAAGUAGUAGUAGUAGUCUCUGUAAGGGGGGAGAAUCAAAUCAAGGAUCAAGGGGAGAGUAAGCAAAGUGCGGGGGGGAGAGAGUGAGUGUUCCACACUCAUUCUGCCUGGCACUCACUCACUUCCCACACAAACAUAUAUAAUAAAUAUUCAUCACUUGGCAUCCCACUUGACUUGAUCCCAAUACCACCACUAGCCGCAUCUGGACUUUCGUCUACCCCUUGAGUGCAAAUGGGUCAAGAAUUUUACUGUUAGAAAUUCCAUGUGAAGUGAUUUCUUUUUGUGGGUUCUUGUGAUUAUUCAGUUUUGAGGUGGAGAAGUGGAGGGCUGGAGAUGUUGACGUGCAUAGCUUGUUCCAAGCAGGUGAAUGGUAGAUCUCUCCAUGAACAGGAGGAGGGAGAGGGAGAGGCUGUUGCAACUCCAAGCACCAAGCACGCCAUCAAGGCCCUUACUGCUCAGAUCAAGGACAUGGCGUUGAAGGCUUCCGGGGCGUACAGAAACUGCAAGCCUUGUUCUGGGUCAUCGGGGCAAAACCAGGACCGGAACUAUGCCGAUUCCGAGUCCGCGUCGGACUCGGCGAGGUUCCAUUGCUCGUACCGGAGAACUGGCAGCUCGAGCUCCACGCCCAGGCUGUUGGGGAAGGAAAUGGAGGCGAGAUCGAAGCGGCUUUCUAGCGGAGAAGGCACGCCGGCCUCGGUCAGCGGCCGGGCGGAGUCGGUUGUGUUUAUGGAGGAAGAUGAGCCUAAGGAGUGGAUUGCCCAAGUGGAGCCUGGUGUCCUCAUCACUUUUGUUUCCAUGCCUCAGGGUGGAAACGAUCUCAAGCGGAUUCGAUUCAGUCGUGAGAUCUUUAACAAAUGGCAAGCCCAAAGGUGGUGGGCAGAGAACUAUGACAAAGUCAUGGAAUUAUACAAUGUUCAGAGGUUCAACCGCCAAGCUGUCCCCCUUCCAACACCGCCAAGAUCUGAAGAUGAGAGCUCGAGGAUGGAAUCUAUACAGAACAGCCCUGUGACACCGCCACUGAGCAAAGAACGCUUACCCCGCAACUUCCACCACCGCCCAACAGGAAUGGGUUACUCUUCAUCCGAUUCACUUGACCACCACCCUUUACAAUCCCGACAUUACUAUGACUCGGCUGGCCUUGCUUCAACACCAAAACUCUCCAGCAUCAGCGGGGCAAAGACCGAGACAUCAUCAAUGGAUGCUUCGGUAAGGACUAGUUCAUCGAGAGAGGCAGACCGCUCAGGAGAGCUCUCCAUAAGCAACGCCAGUGAUAUGGAGACUGAAUGGGUUGAGCAGGACGAGCCAGGAGUCUACAUCACCAUCAGAGCAUUGCCAGAUGGCACUCGGGAGCUCAGACGUGUCCGAUUCAGCCGAGAAAGGUUUGGGGAAAUGCACGCGAGGCUGUGGUGGGAAGAGAACCGAGCCAGGAUACAAGAACAAUACUUGUGAUUUAGCAGAGCUACUACAGGAAGAAGAAGAUGAUGGCACCUGGAAAUUGUAUCUCCUCCUCCUCCCUCUCCUCUUAUCAUACUGUGUUGUUAUGUAUUUCUAUGUGCCAGGGUACAAACAGCAGCAUUGAUAGAAGUUGUCAUAUACCCACAGUGUCAUUGGGACUCAACAUGUGAAUUCUGGGCUUUGUUCCUUUAUUGUUCUUAGGUGGACUUUGUUCAUUACUGCUGGGUGCUUUAGGGUUUGGUGAUUGGUUGCAGAAGUUGAAUAUGAUGGUAAAAUGUUAAUCAUAGUAAUAAAAUAUAAUUUACAGUAAA